AUGGUGGCCUCAUUCGAGCAAAGGGUUGGCAGGGAGAAAGUGGACUCCGUGGAGGAUGUACUCCGCGAAGAAACCCAAGCACUCAUCAGCGAGUUGACGGAGAACGUAGACGAGCGUACCAGAGGCCUCGAGAGCAUGUACUUGGCCAUGAGGGUCGAAAUAAUGCAAGAGGUAAAGGAGCUCAAGAGCGAGUUGCUCGUCUACAAAGCUUCCGUAUUGAAUGAAGUGACUGGGGAGGCGCAAGCACCAAGACCCUGGAUCGACUUCCCUAAGCCGAAGAAGUUCAAGGGGAGUCGAACUGCCCAAGAUGUGGAGAAUUUCAUCUGGGGCAUAGAGCAAUUCUUCCGUGGCAUGAGUAUCAAGGAUGAUACCACCAAGGUAAAUGUUGCUUCUAAUUAUCUUACCGAUGUUGCUAUGUUAUGGUGGCGUCGUAGGUAUUCCGAGAGCGCGAAACCAAUCGGAACGUGGGAGGAGUUUGUGGGAGAACUCAAGGAGAAUUUCUAUCCGAAGAAUGCUAUGCUCGAGGCUCGAGCAAAAUUGAAGCAAUUAAAGCAUGAUCGUUCCAUCUUGCAGUAUGUCAAAAACUUCACGGAGAUCAAGAUGCAAAUCCCGGACUUGGGCGAGUCAGAAGGGUACUUUGCAUUCAUGGAUGGACUACAACGUUGGGCCAACAUGGAGAUCAAAAGGAGAGGAGUGAUCGAACUCUCCAAGGCGUUAGAUGCAGCCGAGGCUAUUGCCCCGUUUGAAGUAAAGAAGACUGACUCUCUCCAAUCCAGGUCGAAACCCAAAGGUAAUAGUGGGGGAGAGAAGGCCAAAGGAAACUUUCACAAGCUAACGGGAAAUCAUGGGAAGCUGAAUGAUCGACCCAAAAAGCUCUUCAAUCAUUGGGAGAAGAAGGGGGAAUUAGCGUGCUUUACUUGUGAAGGAAAUCACAUGAAACGAGAUUGUCCUCAACUUGUGAAAGUUAUUGCCAUCAAGAAAAAUGAUGGGGUGGAGAGUGAGACUCUCAAGCUUGGCUCCAUCCUUAGCACCAUGGAGGUCAAAAAGGGGCACAAUAAGAAGGGACUGAUGUAUGUAGACAUAAUCGUGGCAGGCCAAAAGAUGAGUGCACUAGUGGACACCGGUGCCUCAGAGUUGUUCAUGUCCGAACAAAUUGCCAAGAGACUUGGCCUUCAUGUGGAGAAGGCAAGUGGUUCCAUAAAAAACGUGAAUGCCGAAGAAGUUUCGAUUGCGAGGGUCACAAAAGGAAUCGAGCUAACCGUUGGAGACUGGUCCGAAAAGGAAUCCGUCAAGGUAAUCCCUCUCGAUGACUUCGACUUUGUUCUUGGGUUAAGCUUCUUGGACCGAAUAAAUGCUUUCCCAGUGCCUUUUGCUGAUUGCUUGUGCAUCCUGGAUCCAAAGCAACAAUGCAUUAUUCCAGUAAGCCAAGGGCCCGGAGUAGGGGCCAAAAUUUUAUCCGUAAUUCAAUUCUCGAAGGUGGUGCACAAGGAGGAACCGAUCUUCUUAGCUGCCUUGAUGUAUGACGAACCAACCACUACCAAGGAAGUUCCCGACGUGGUAAGUCAUGUCUUGGCAGAAUUCAAAGAUGUGAUGCCUGUCGAAUUACCCAAGAAGUUACCUCCAAAGAGGGAGGUGGAUCACAAGAUUGAGCUUGUGGAGAAUACGAAGCCACCCGCUCAGGCCCCUUACCGGAUGGCUCCGCCCAAGUUAGAGGAGAUGCGCAGACAAUUGAAGGAUCUCCUCGAUGUCGGAUACAUCCGACCAUCCAAGUCCCCCUAUGGUGCACCAGUGCUAUUUCAAAAGAAGCACGAUGGUUCUCUACGGAUGUGCACAGAUUACCAAGCUUUAAAUAAGCUCACAGUAAAGAACAAGUAUCCCAUUCCCCUCAUUGCGGACUUGUUCGAUCAACUUGGUGGUGCAAGGUGGUUCACCAAGCUAGAUUUACGAUCGGGCUAUUACCAAGUCAAGAUAGCCGAAGGAGAUGAACCGAAGACAGCUUGUGUGACCAGGUAUGGUUCUUACAAACACCUUGUGAUGCCCUUUGGCCUCACGAAUGCUCCGGCCACCAUCUGCACAUUGAUGAACAAGGUACUACAACCCUUUCUAGAUCAUUUCGUUGUAGUUUACCUUGACGAUAUUGUGGUGUACAGUAAGACCUUAGAGGAACACGUCGAGCACUUGAGAAGGGUGUUCCAAGUCUUACGAGAGAACGAACUCUAUGUUAAAGAGGAAAAGUGCUCGUUCGCUCAGAAGGAAGUGUCGUUCCUAGGCCAUGUCGUUAGAGGAGGCAAGCUCCAGAUGGAAAAGGACAAAAUUCGGGCAAUUGACGAGUGGAAGCCACCCACCAAGGUGACUGAACUACAAGCAUUCUUGGGAUUAGCCAACUAUUACCAACGAUUUGUGAAGGGCUAUUCCAAGAUUGCCACACCUUUGACCGAGUUGCUCAAGAAGAAUAAGGUGUGGGAAUGGAGCACGAAAUGCCAGGACGCAUUCGAAAAGACCAAGGAGGCCAUGGGAUAUCCGAUUACAUACGAGAGCCAGAAACUCAAUGAGACCAAGAGGAGGUUCUUAUUUCAUGAAAAGAAGAUGACCGCGGUUGUGCACUGUUUACGCACAUGGCGAUAUUACUUGCUCGGGUCCAAGUUCGUGGUGUUCACGGAUAAUGCUCGUUGGCAAGAGUUUCUUGCCGAGUUUGACUUUUUCAUGGAGUACAAGCCAGAGAAGGUGAACUACGUUGCAGAUGGCUUAAGCCGGAGGUACGCCAUCGAGACUGUGGAAGGUACCCUGCUCGAAAGGAUCAAAGAAGGAUUGCCCCAUGAUCCUGCGGCCGAGCGAAUUAUUGAGGAAACUAAGGAGGGGCGAACCAGAGAGUUUUAG